AUGAAAAAGCACACGAUUGGAUGUAAAUCUCAUUCUGCUGUUCCAUCAUCUACUAAACCAAUAUCUACAUUCUUCACAGUUAAUGUACAUAAUAAAUCACGUACUACUCGUUUAGCAAAACAUAAGUUGAAAAAAGCGAUUGCAGAAUGUUGCAUUCUUGAUAGUCAUCCGUUUGCACUUGCUGAUGGUCUUGGUUUUCAAAAGGUAAUUCACGAAGCAAUGUCAAUUGGACGUUCAUUAGGUAAAUCAAUUCCAAUUGAAACAAUCAUUCCCAACCGACCGACAGUUAGUCGAGAAAUCGACACUAUGUACACCUUGAGAAAAAAUCAAUUUACAAAAAUUAUCAAAAGUAUCAACCGUUAUUCAAUAACCGUCGACUUCUGGACAGAAUCACACACUGGUGUUUCUUUUGGUGGUGUUUCACUUCAUUGCUAUUUCAAAACACAUGGUUUAAAAUCUAUGGUACUCGCUUGCCGUGAAUACGAUUUACCUAAUAGCAAAAGUCCCAAUAUACGUACAUUUAUUGAAGGCAUCUUAUCUGACUUUGAUUUAACAAUAAACGAAAAUGUCUACAUAGUCACGGACAAUGAACCUAAAAUGAAAGCAGCAUUUAGAGAAGGAGUUAAAAGAAUUGGAUGCUCCGCACAUUAUGUCAACAAAGUUAUCGAGCAUUCAUUAACAAAUUGCAAUAUUGGUUGUGAUCUAAUUCAGCAAACAUUUAAUCAAGUUAAAACAAUUGUGUCACAUAUUAGGCAAACGCACAUACAAGCAAGAUUAUCUCUAUCUAUCAAUUUAUUUUCUAAAACCAGAUGGAAUAGUGCGUUUCAAAUGAUACAAGAUUUUCUUGAUAUGUAUUCAGAGAUAAAUGAAUUAUUGACAAGUUCUGAUCAAAAACUACGUUUAAUAUCGAUGGAUUUGGAUUUAUUAAAAGAAUUUACGAAAUAUUUUGUAUUAUUUGGCAACAUUUGUCCUCAAUUAAAAGACGAAUUGUAUAAUGUUUUACGAGAUGAAAUUGAUGGACGACAAUCACUUGAAUCAAAGACACAUAAACCAUCUGCUAAAUUAACAACAUCUUCAGUUACACCAAAAAGAAAAAGAACAAAUUUACUUUCUGAUUGUUUUGAUCCUGAUCCAUCAGUUGAAGAUAUAGAUGAUAUACUUGACUUUUGGGAUAAACAACAACAUAUUUAUCCAGUACUAAGCUCAAUUGCUUUUGAUAUCCUUGUCAUUCCAGCAACAAAUACCAGCGUUGAGCGCUUAUUUUCAACUAGUGCAGCAAGUAUUACAAAUAAAAGGACACGAUUAAAUGCCGCAAAAAUUGAUAAGUCGAUGUUUCUCAAAAGUAACUUGACAUUUUUAACAACAUUUCAUCAUGUUAAUACAACUGACAAGUCCUCGACAGAAAAAUUAGUAAACAAAGAACUAUAUGAAAUUGUUGAUGAUUCAAGCAGCGACGAUGAAGACAAUGAAACUGCUAGUAGUAAAAAUAAUAAUGAGGACGAUAUAUUUUGA